AUGGCGGACGACAUUCACGCUUCGCCUCCGCGAUACGAACAUGUUCGCAACAACAGCAGCAAAGCACAGUUCGAACUCCGCACGCAACCAAGCUCGACUUUCGACGAACACACCAAAGCAGGGUCCUCCAUCCUCUGGGCCGACAACGAUGGGGACAAUCGCGAGCAUACGCAGAACGGUGUCAAGGAGGUGGAAGCCAUCACGCAGACGUGGUCAAGACGGUCGCUGGUGAUAUCUUACCUUUUGAUUCUCAUGGUCUUCUUCGUGGAUUCCUUGGAGCAGCAGAUCUCCAACAACCUGCUGCCGUACGUCUACAGCAAUUUCUCCGCGCACUCGCUCGUCACGACGGCCUCGAUCGUCUCGUCGGUCGUCGGCGCCGUCGUCAAGCUGCCCAUCGCGAAGAUGAUCGAUAUUUGGGGGCGGCCCCAGGGCUACGUCGUCAUGAUCGGAGUCGCGACGAUUGGCCUCAUCCUCCUCGCCGCCUGCAAGAACGUCGAGACGUACGCCGCGGCGCAGGUCUUCUACUGGGUCGGCUUCAACGGCAUCGGCUACGUGCUCGACGUCUUCAUCGCCGAUACCUCUGCGCUGCGCAACCGCGGCCUCAUCUUCGCCUUCACCACCACGCCGUACAUCGCCACCACUUUUGCGGGCCCCUCGGCCGCGCAGUCCUUCCUCGAUCGCGGCGGCGUCGAGGGCUGGCGCUGGGGCUAUGGCGUUUUCGCCAUCGUCGUGCCCUGCGUCACGACGCCCGUUGCCUUGAUCUUCUUGAUCAACAGGAAGAAAGCGGUCGAUGAGGGGAAGAUUGAGGGGAAGAGCUGGUGGCAGGAUGACGAGCGGGGGUUCUGGGAUAGCGUGAAGUAUUAUUUUGUGGAGUUUGAUGUCAUCGGCAUGGUACUCAUUUGCGCGGGCUUCGCGCUGCUGCUCCUGCCGCUUUCGCUGGCUACGUACCAGACGGACAAGUGGCGCUCCGCAUCCAUCAUCUGCAUGAUCGUCUUCGGCGGGCUGUCGCUCAUCGGCUUCUACGUCUGGGAGAAGUGGUGGGCGCCGGUGCGGUUCAUGCCCUUCCACUUGCUAACAGACAAGACGGUGCUGGGCGCGUGCACCGCCGCGAGCAUCUCCUUUGUCGCGUACUACUGCUGGGACUAUUACUUCACGUCCUACCUCCAAGUCGUCCACAAGCUCGACAUCUCCAUGGCCGGCUACGUCGGCAACAUCUUCAACAUCGGCUCCUGCUUCUGGGCCGUCUUCGUCGGACUCGCCAUCCGCCAAACCAACCGCUUCAAAUGGUGCGCCCUCAUCGCCAUCCCCUGGAUGAUCCUCGGCACGGGCCUGAUGUGCUACUUCCGCAACGGCGAGUACCCCAUCGGCUACAUCGUCAUGUGCCAGAUCUUCAUCGCCUUCGCCGGCGGCACCGCCGUCAUCUGCGAGGAGAUGGCCGUCAUGUCGGCCGUCGCGCACGCCUCCAACACCGAGACCGGCGGCGACGGCGUCGCCGUCGUGCUCGCGCUGCUCGCGCUGUUCUCGGGUAUCGGCAGCGCCAUUGGACUCGGUGUCAGUGGGGCGAUUUGGACGAAUGUUUUCCCGGUUAAGUUGGCGGAGUACCUGCCCGAGGAUCGGAAGGGCGAUGUGGCGAGUUUGGUGGGGAGUUUGGUGUUGCAGCUCGCGGAGCCGGUGGGGAGCGAGGCGCGGAUCGCGAUUGAGAAGGCGUAUGUCGUGGCGCAGCAGCGGAUGUGCAUUGCGGCGACGUGCAUUCUCGUGUUGGCUUUCCCGUGUGUGGUUGUGUGGAAGAACUUCAACCUCAAGGAUGUGAGGCAGGCGAGGGGCACGGUUGUUUGA